GGGGCUGCUGAAGCUGGACAAUGCGCUCAGGACCAAGGCUCGAAGGGACUGUAAGUGUUGACUUCUUGCUGAGACAUUCAUACAAUGGAUCGAAAGCUAAUUGCUGAAAAUACUGAGCAGGUUGAUGCUUUUAGGGAGCGAGUCACUGCUGAAGCCGAAGACUUAGUUGCAAGUUUCUUUCCAAAGAAGCUGUUGGAACUAGAUUGUUUUCUGAAGGAACCUCUCUCGAACAUUUCUGAUUUGGCUACCAUUCACUCAGAGCUCAACAUGCCGGUGCCAGAACCUAUAAUAAUCUCCAACAGUCACGAUGGCUUGGACAGCACACCCAACAGUAAGAAGAGAAAACUGGAAGAUGGUGAAACUAAUUGCCCAGGUACAAAAGUGUUUAUCAUGCCGAAUGGAAUGCUCAAGAGCAACCAGCAACUCGUGGCGAUGAUUGAGAAAAUAAAACCAGAAAUCAGGACACUUAUGGAGAAAUGCAAUACAGUUAAAAUGUGGGUACAGCUGUUGAUACCGAGGAUAGAAGAUGGCAACAAUUUUGGUGUUUCUAUUCAAGAGGAGACUGUUGCAGAACUUCGAACAGUUGAAAGUGAAGCUGCUUCGUACUUGGACCAAAUCUCCAGAUAUUACAUAACAAGAGCAAAACUGGUGUCCAAAGUAGCUAAGUAUCCCCAUGUGGAAGAUUAUCGUCGCACGGUAUCAGAAAUUGAUGAAAAGGAAUACAUCAGCCUUCGAUUAAUUGUUUCUGAGCUGAGAAACCAAUAUGUAACGUUACAUGACAUGAUCCUCAAAAACAUUGAAAAAAUUAAACGGCCCCGGAACAGCAAUGCAGAUGCACUGUAUUAACAUGCAUGCUUCGUGAAAUGGAAUCUGACCUUGGUAACCCAAAUAUAAGACCAUGAUUGCCUUGGCUUGUUGUGUGAGAUUGGUCUUGCUGCAGGAGAAAGAAGUUUGUUGGGAAAUGAAGCACAGGGUUGGUUGCAUUUUAGUGAAAUAACCAAUAAGGAUAUCCAUUCUUUUAUUUUUGUGAUGUAUAAGAGGUUUUUUUAAUCCUCAGGAAUCUGUCCCGUUUUGCUCUACAGAAUCUCUUUGUAAUGUACAGUAUUAGUGAUCUUGGGAAGGAAUUCAGUUUGGACGCAGGUUUUAUUUCAAAACGUAGCAUUUUUCACAUCCAUCAGAAACUUUGUGAUUCAUGAAAGCGGAUGUACAAAAUAUCCUGUAAAUUCAGAAUGAUUAUUCAUGUACAACUAUUACGCACAGGGAACCACUCACUAAACAGGAGCCACUUGUUUGCGGGCUACUUGUUAUAAAUAAGAGCAAUUAUUGCACCGUAUUUUACAUGUGUUGUCCCUUCCUUUUCCCUCUCCUAGUCUCCUCGUCAAGUUGUUUCUUUAGAAGGAAGUUAUUUGAAAAUGUUCUUUUAAAAUAAAAAGUUGUGCCGUA